AUGGAGACUUUUAAGAAAUUGGAGAUCACCAUACCUUUCUCUGAAGCAUUGCAACAAAUGCCUUCGUAUGCAAAGUUUUCGAAGGAGCUCCUCACGAAGAAGAAAUAUCUAGAUGAGGAAACAAUUGAAGUGCAAGGUAAUUGCAAUGCCAUAUUGCAGAAGACGCUACCUCCCAUAUUCAAAGAUCUGGGGAGUUUCACCAUCCCUUGCACCAUUGGGAAUCAUGGUAUAAGGAAGGUUCUAGUUGACUUAGGAGCUAGUAUCAAUCUAAUGCCCUUAUUUAUGCUUAAGAAGAUUUGUGGUCUGGAGGUCAAACCUACAAAAGCAAUCUUGCAAAUGGCAGACGGGUCCAUUAAGCAUCCUUAUGGUGUGGUAGAAGACUUGGUGGUAAAAAUUGAUAAGCUCCAAUUCCCUGUUGAUUUUGUUGUAAUGGAUAUGGGGGAAGAUGUAGAGAUGCCCCUCAUUCUUGGAAGACCCUUUAUGAAGACAACCAAAGUUGUCAUUCAUGUGGAUGAGGGAACUAUGAAAUUGAAAGACCAAGAUGAAGAGGUAACUUUUAAUGUCUUUGAUAAGGUGCAGCCAAUACAAGUAACAAAGACCAGUCCUAAAGCUAAAGACGAAGUUCUCUCAGUGACUAGUCUACUUGAUAAAGCUGCCUAG